UUCUAGAAAGCUCUCCUUCCCCCGACCCGCAUCAGCAACGCUUGUGUGUGUGGAGAAUUGUUGAUUGACGGACAGUUGUGGCAAUUGAAAAGCUUCCCUCCCCUCUCCUCUCCAAACACAAAUUCGAAGUUUACGAAUAACCUCACUACCGUCAACUACCUAUCCUCGACCUUUCGAACUGCACAUAGCCAGCCAGCCGGUUUAGCUACCAUAAGUCCAGAAAAAAUGGCCACCUCCCUCCGCUCGAUCAAGUCCCUCGUCCCCCUCCUCGACCGCGUCCUCGUGCAGCGCGUCAAGGCCGAGGCCAAGACUGCCGGGGGCAUCUUUCUUCCUGAGACGGCCGUCAAGGAGCUCAACGAGGCCAAGGUUUUGGCUGUUGGGCCGGGCGGGCUCGACAAGGAUGGGAAGAGGGUGCCUAUGGGGUGUGCGGCUGGGGAUAGGGUUUUGAUCCCUCAGUAUGGCGGUUCUCCUGUCAAGGUUGGGGAUGAGGAGUAUCACCUUUUCAGGGAUAGCGAGAUUUUGGCAAAGAUUAAUGAGCAGAAUAAUGCUUAAGGCGCCGCGGGGAAGGAAUAGAAGGGGUGAUUGAGGGGGAGGGGGGAAAUGGGGAAUGGUGGGAGAAGAAAAAAAGGGAAAACAGAUACCCAAUGAUGUGAAUGAAGGGAACGAAAAAUAAAGAUCUUGAAGUUGGGGGAAGUGACGAGCUGAUGGAGGGAUCUUUUGUAACAUUAUGCAAUACAGUGUACUACCAUCAGAUAUGACCGAUAUCGAAAUCGCCUUGUUUUGUUUUUGACAGCAUUCGGGAGAUGUUGGAGCGAGUGCGUUGAAGCUGAUGGUGAAUA